GCCUAACUCUCCUUGGCGAUACUUGGUUCUCCUCCCACAUGAAGCUCAGAGGCCGGUGAACCCGUCCAACCGACAUCAUAUUCACGAGUAUUGGUAUCGAGAUUAUAGAUAUUCCCUGGCGCUGGUGACGGCGACGACAGUACUACAAUCCAUAAACCCUUGCGUUAAAAGCCACUUUGAUAACUUGAAACGGAGAUGGAAUUGCUCAGAAUGGACGGAAUUUCUGUACAAUCGCAGGGUGUCUUGGAAGCUCUAUCGCGGUGUCAAAAAUCUGGCGAAUUCACAGAUCUGGUCCUUGUCUGUGAAGGAGAAAGAAUCAACGUACACAAAGUUGUGGUUUGCUCUCAAUCGAAUGUGCUUCAUGCCGCCUGUACUGGCAACUUCAAGCUGGUCAGCUUCUUUUACACGGAAAACUAUAGCGACAAAGUACAGGCCCCCGAGACGGAUCCGCCAUUUUUAUGCUCUGCGCUUCAACUCCAUGCUCGAGUUUUUGUCUUAGCUGACAAAUACGUCGUCAACAGCUUACUCGCGUUAUGUGUUGAGAAGUAUCAGAGGAGGCUUCAGUCCCUAAGCGAUCCCAUCGAAUUCAUUGAAUCCAUUCCGGAGGUAUACGCUUUACCUCUUACAUCAACCAAAACUUUGAAAGAGGUUGCAGCACGCUUUGCGCGGAUCAAUAUUUCGAACUAUCUACGGGAGGAGACUGUUCAGAUAGCCUACAACAGUGUUGCCCAAAGCGUGCCCGAGUUUGUCAAAGAUCUUCUCGACCUAUAUAUCCAAGCGCCAUUGCUUGGAAAUUGUGAGAAUUGUGGACAGCACGUGGAGAUGUUAGCUUUGCAAGGGAGAUGUCGACGAUGUCGACGUGGCACGACCGCGAUUUGAUUUGUGAGCGUGUUUAGGGACAUGCAGCGGAUUGCACACCCUCAAGACCACCCAGAUCGAGCCAGAUAACUGAACAACCUGGGAAACUGGCUCUGUACACGAAUUGAGCGGACCGAGUCGAUGGACGACCUCGAUCGUCCGCAGUCUACAAAGAAGGUUGGAGUUGUCGUGGUGCUGCUCCACUUGCUCGUAUCAAGCUAGCCGUGAACGUUGCUUAGACUCUGGGAUUUCAUUUCAAUAGUAGCAUGUAAUUUCAAUAGCCCGGCAUCCACUGCGUCUGCGAUAGCUGUUUUGAUGAGUAGAGGUCCAAAAUGUUACAAUAAAAUGAAAG